AUGAACUCUUGGCAUCUUUGGUCGAGACCCGCUUCUGGUCAAGAGAUCCAACGAGUCAAGAGUUCCAACCCUGUUAAGAGUUCCCCGGUCAAGAGCUUCAACCUGGUCAAGAGCUCCACACCGGUCAAGAGCUCCACACCGGUCAAGAGCUCCACACCGGUCAAGAGCUCCACACCGGUCAAGUGCUUCAACCCGGUCAAGAGCCCCAACCCGGUCAAGAGCCCCAACCCGGUCAAGAGCCUCGACUCGGUCAAGUGCUUCGAGCUGGUCAAGAGCUUCGACCCGGUCAAGAGCCUCAGCCCGGUCAAGAGCUCCACACCGGUCAAGAGCUCCACACCGGUCAAGAGCUCCACACCGGUCAAGAACUCCACACCGGUCAACAACUCCACACCGGUCAAGAACUCCACACCGGUCAAGAACUCCACACCGGUCAAGAACUCCACAUCGGCCAAGAGCUCCACACCGGUCAACAACUCCACACCCGGCAAGAGUUCCCACCCAGUCAAGAGUCCCAACCCAGUCAAGAGAUCCAACAGGUCACGUGACAGGAAAACCAAGUGAUCCAACCCGAUCAACAGAUCAAUCGAGUCAAAGUGGAUCCCCGGAUCACCGGAUCACGUCAGAAAAGGCCUAUGCAUUACCGUGUUCAUUGCAGAACAGUUGCCCUGUAGCUUAAGUUAGAAAGCAAUAUGCCCGGUAACAGUGAA